UCACCGAGAGUAUAAGUGUCACGGCAGGCGUCAAACAAGGUUGUUUGCUUUCCCCUCUGCUCUUUUAAUGGUGCUCGACGACGUGAUGUGCAGGGUCACUAGCAGAGAACGAAGAGGUUUACCUUGGACAUCUGAAAAGGACCUAGAAGAUAUCGACUUCGCAGAUGACCUUUGCCUUAUAGCAACCACGCGUGAGCAACUCCAGAACAAGGCAGAAGAACUAGCAGAAGAGGAUGAAAAGGAAGGUCUGCGCAUUAACUACCGCAAGACAAAGGAAAUGCGCCAAAAUACUACCGAUUCAACUCCAAUGCUAAUCAAAGGGAACCCAAUCGAAAAAGUGACCAGCUUUUGCUACCUGGGCAGUAUCGUUGACCAGAGUGGAGGAACUGAAGCUGACAUUGAAUCUCGAAUAAACAAAGCCCGAGCUCCUCGACCCUGACUAGAAGAACUAAACUGAGGAUUUUCAAUUCCAAUGUAAAGGCCGUAUUACUGUACGGGUGUGAGACCUGGUUUGUCCGCAAAGACCUAAUGUCAAAACUCCAAGUGUUUGUGAACAAAUGCUUGAGGCAGAUCCUGUGUAUCUUUUGGCCUAACUGGAUCACAAACGCCCACUUAUGGAGAAUAACUGGACAAGCACCCGUACAAGAAGAAAUACAGACGCGGAAAUGGCAUUGGAUUGGACACAUCCUCAGAAAACCUGAUACCCACCUAUUCAAAAUGGCCCUCACCUGGAAUGUACCCUGAAAGCGCAAACCAUGCCGCCCUAAAUCGACCUGGCGUCGUUCGGUUCAGCAGGAGCUCAGGGUGCUAGGCAUGGGGUGGGAGGAGGUCACCCAAACUGCCCAAGACCGGAGUAAAUGGAGAAAAAAUAUGAUUCGAGCCCUACACCCCAGCAGAGGGUAACAGGAUGCAAAGAAGAAGAAGAUACCUAUUAGGUGGUGAUACUAUGAAUCUUGAUAUAUAGGGAGGUAUGUAGUUACUACAAUAGCCAGGAAAAUCGAACGUGUUGGAUUACGUCUCACGGAUAAGGAGUGGCAACGAUGUGAAGGUAUAAUUGGAGCCAAAAAAAUUAUAUAACAUGGAAGCUUCGCCCAUACAGUUGUGCAACUUGAUUUAUCUAUUUUCGACCUUUAGAUCAGCCAUUUUUUCUGUCGAAAAUUCAAUUAAUAUUACUUAUUAAAAAUAUUUUGACG